AUGCAAACCCCCACCACAGUCGGGCAGGCCAACCCGUUCUUCACCCAGGCGCCGUCCCCUGCGACCUCACUGCAGCCGCAAAACCAGGGCCUCACGGGCCCCCCGACGGUGCCAAAUCCACCACGACAUGCAAACACCAUGCCGACGCUCUCGACCACCUCGCCUUUUGGCCAGCCCUCUCCGUUCCAGCAGCCGUCGCAGCCCCAGCCCGCUCCGCAGCAGCCGGCCUUCGCCUCUCACAAUCCGUUCCAAUCCAUGACCGCGCCGACCACCCCGCAGAGCGCAACGGCCUACCAGCCGCAGUACAGCUUCCAGGCGCCGCAACCCGCGCAGCAUCUUGCUCCGCAGCCGACGGGCCGGGUGGACAAGAACACCAUCCUGUCUUUAUACAGCUUCUCCCCGCCUCAACCACCCCUACCGACAAAUCCGCAACAGCAAGCUCCUGGCCUGACGCAACCAUCGCCUUUCCCCCCGACCAUCAAUGCACCUCAACAACCUCAGCUCCAACCUCAAUCCCAACCAUCAGCCGAUUUCCAAUCCGGCUCUCGAAACCCCUUCUUCACCGCCCCGCCCAAUCCUCCUACCUUUCCCCAGCAACAGCAACAGCAGCACGCACAAUCCCAGCCGCAGGCACAGCUGAUGCCCAGAACUCUCCCUUUGCGACGACCAUGA